AAUUCUCAAUUUGUUUUGAUGUAACCUUAAGAUUUGAUUGUGCUUGAGAAAAUCAAAGUUAGAGUUUAAAGUGUUGAACAAUUAGUUUUCUAACUAUUCUUUAUUGUAAUUUAGAUGUUUGCCUCUCUGUUAAUGUUUAAUUAUGGACGCCUUGGACGGCUCAUAGUCUCUUCCAGAAAUUGUGCCACCUUUAAGGUACUAACAGCUCGUAAAAGUCUUCUCAAUGGUGUAAACAGUGAACUUGAUCGAGCCUUAAUCGAAGCUCAAGAACUUGUACAUUAUUCAAUGUUGGUGUUAAAUCGCACAAGGAACGAAGUGAUUGACACAUUACGACAAGUAUAUGGUAAUAAGAAUCAUCAUCUAUUGGAGGCAACCGAUGCUGCAUUUUACAAUAAUGUCAACAUCCAAAUGCGAGAAUUGAUACUUCUCCUGAUGUCAAGAAUAACUCACCAUCAAAAUGAUAAGUUGGACUCAAAAUCUUUUGAUGCUUCAAAUGAGAUUGUGAAGAAACAAUUAACAUUAACAGAGAUUAUUGAAUUAAUUUACAAAACCAAUUUACUUCAUCAAACAAUUGCUAAUCAUCGUGUUGGCGAAUCAAGUAGACUUAAAGCUGAAGAUUGGAAUAUUCAUUAUAAUAAUAAAUUAGCGAUUUUAUUUGGUGAUUUUUACGUUGCCCGAGCUUGGGCUUCUCUGGGAAGACUUCGUUCAAUUGAUGUUAAUCUUUUGAUGUCCCAAGGAAUUACGGACUUCACCGAAGGACAAUUUAUCAUGCAAAGUGAUGCCCAAUUACCAUCUUCAUCCUCACCAACACCAACACCAACACCGUCCCAUUUACCUUCAUCCUCUCCAUCUUCAUCAUCUUUACCAAUCAAAGAAAGGCAAAAGGAUGAUAACUGUGAUCCAGUGUCUGUUUGGGAAAAACGUCAUUACCUGAUGAAUGCAAGUCUACCUGGUCAUGCUUGUCAAUCCAUCAGUUCGGUGGCCAAUUUAAAUUUAUUUCUUCAAGAAGCUGCUUUCAAAUUUGGUAAAAAUUUUAGUCUCUGUUGGCAAAUAUUAACCGAAAUGGAACCAUUUCUAUCAAAUAAUAGUACUAAUGUUGUUAAUUCACAUUCGGAACAUUCAAAAUCAACAAAUAAUCUAAACACAAAUAUAACUCCAACAACCUCAUCAUCAACAACCCCAGAACUAGUCAUAGAUCUUAUGUCACUUCCAGUGUUACUUCAAAUAGCUGAUAGUGAAUCAAUAAUUAAUUCUAAUCGAAAUCACAAAGAGAUAUUAAUUGCUCCGGACUCUACAACAAACUCAAUCAACAACAAUCAAGCAACUCAAAUUGAUAUCGAUAAAUUGUACAGCUCCAUAACUGGAGGACCGAUAAUUGAAAGGAUUCGUUCAAUUAGGAAUCGAUAUGCUGAUGAGGCAUUAAACGCAAUCAAUUGUUUCUCAAAGUGUGAUGCUUCAUGUGCCUUAAUUAAUAUUAUAAACGCAAUCAAGGAAACAUAAUUAAUCACAAUUUACGAAACAAAUGAAAACAAUUUUCGUUGACUGUGUCACCUCUUUGUAACUUAUUCAUAUUAAUAGAUAUACAGAAUGUAUCAAUUGUAAUAAUUAAGCAGAGAAAAAACAAAAAUUAUUAACAGUUAUUCAAUCUUUA